GCUUCUCAUCUACGGCGUCAUUCUUCAAGAACAACCUCUGCAGCAAGCACCGCAUCAGGAUGCUUAUGACGUCGACCUGUACAUUGCUUUUGAAGAUUCUGGUCUUUACCUCCAAUUUAUGGACGCUCUUCGCACCCGAGGUUAUGUUCUCGUUCCUUGAGUGUCUUGUCACAAAUGAUGCUCAUCUCAUCAAGAAUCGGCUGAGAAAAAUGUUAACGUAUAUU